UACCAGCUGCCUUAAACUUGUUAUUCUCCUGCCCUCUUAGCCCAAUUCCACCCUAUCUACACACUCCCCUGCCUCUGUUUCCUCCGCGCUCAGGGAUGGCUCCCAGGUCUAGACACCGGUCCAGGGUCAUUUCCUUGGGCGAUCACCGCGGGUCGCGCGGGGUGGGGCUGGCAGGGCUGGCAGGCUGGGCACCUCGCGUGGGAAGGUCGGUGUAGAAGUCCCGACCGGGACAGACUUCCUGCCCGCGGGGCCCGAGGCUCUGGCACUGGCUCCGCGCCAGGGGGCGUCCCCGGGCGGGAGCGGCUUCCUGGGCGCGGGCAGCGCAGCCGGCGGAUCGCGGGGACAGCUCACCUGGACCGGCGACAUGGAGGACGGCGUGCUCAAGGAGGGCUUCCUCGUGAAGAGGGGGCACAUUGUCCACAACUGGAAGGCACGAUGGUUUAUCCUUCGGCAGAACACGCUCCUGUAUUACAAGCUGGAAGGUGGCCGGCGAGUGACCCCACCCAAGGGAAGGAUCCUUCUGGACGGCUGCACCAUCACCUGCCCCUGCCUGGAGUAUGAAAACCGGCCGCUCCUCAUUAAGCUGAAGACCCGAACUUCCACUGAGUACUUCCUGGAGGCCUGUUCUCGAGAGGAGAGGGACUCCUGGGCCUUUGAGAUAACGGGAGCUAUCCACGCAGGACAGCCGGGGAAGGUCCAGCAACUCCACACACAGAAAAACUCCUUCAAGUUGCCCCCCCACAUCAGCCUGCAUCGAAUCGUGGACAAGAUGCAUGACAGCAGUAGUGGAAUCCGGCCGUGUCCCAACAUGGAGCAGGGGAGUACCUACAAGAAGACCUUCCUGGGCUCCUCCUUGGUGGACUGGCUCAUCUCCAGCAGCUUCGCAGCCAGCCGUCUGGAGGGAGUGACCCUGGCCUCCAUGCUCAUGGAAGAGAACUUCCUCAGGCCGGUAGGGGUCCGGAGCAUGGGAGCUAUUCGCUCUGGGGAUCUGGCCGAGCAGUUUCUGGAUGACUCCACAGCCCUGUACACUUUUGCUGAAAGCUACAAGAGGAAGGUAAGCCCCAAGGAAGAGGUCAGUCUCAGCACCAUGGAGUUAAGUGGCACGGUGGUCAAACAAGGUUACCUAUCCAAGCAGGGGCAUAAGAGGAAAAACUGGAAGGUGCGCCGAUUUGUUCUGAGGAAGGACCCAGCUUUCCUGCAUUACUAUGACCCUUCCAAAGAAGAGAACAGGCCAGUAGGUGGGUUUUCUCUUCGUGGGUCCCUUGUGUCUGCUCUGGAGGAUAAUGGUGUUCCUACUGGAGUUAAAGGGAAUGUCCAAGGAAACCUCUUCAAAGUGAUUACGAAGGAUGACACACACUAUUAUAUCCAGGCCAGCAGCAAGGCUGAGCGAGCGGAGUGGAUUGAAGCUAUCAAGAAGCUAACAUGACCUAAGGGAACAAACAGGACCAGAGUCCUCAUUCAUAUCAGCUGAUACAGAUGGGACUUCAUGGAGAACUGGAGUACCAGACAGACAUUGGGCUUAGGAUAUGGCUCAGUGGUAGAGGACCUGCCUGAGGCCCUAGUUCAAUUCUUGGAAAAGACUUUAACAUUAUCCAUUUUGUACUGCUUUGGAGUGAGACUGCUCAAGAUGGUUCCUCAAAUGACAAUGGUGGCAAGACUUCCUUCCGUCUUCUGAUUACCAACCUGAAAAAACUGGAAUCGCUGUUAGGUGACAGCAUCUUGACUUUUGCUCUUCAAGACAGAAAUCUAGGCAGUGGUGGCACAAGCCUUUAAUCCCAACACUUGCCAGGCAGAGGCAGGUGGAUCUCUGUGAGUUCAAGGCCAGCCUGGCCUGCAGAGUGAGUUCCAGGACAGCCAGGGCUACACAGAGAAACCCUGUCUCGAAAAGCCGCGCACACACACACACACACACACAUACACACAGAGAAAUCUGGCUUUGGGGACUAUAGUAGUAUGUAUCCCUUUGUUGGAACACUAACCUGGGCUUUGCUAUAUUGAAUACUCUAGUCUCAAGAUACUCUCUUAAGCGAUUUCAACAACUCACAUUUCUGGAAUUAAUAAAAAACUGACAUGUGUUUUAUAGUUCUUGUGCAGUUUUAUGUCCCCACAGGUUUACUCCCUCUAAGGUCCUAUGUAUUACAGAAAAUUAUGGGAAAACCUCAAGUGACCUGUCACUAGGAUGACAUGUCUCACUUUGAAGUGGGGACGCUGGCAAACUGCUGACUGUUGGCUUUGCAGAGAAAGACAGCAAAUAACACAAGUCACACAGGUCACAGACUCGCCUGAAGAAAUUUGUCACAGACAUUAAAAAAAAAAAAGCAUAAAUACAGCUUUUCUAUACAAAAUGGACAUUUAGAAAGAUGUGGAGCAGGAGCCCUCUAAACAACAAAGAUACAAAUGGCAAAAGUUAAAUCAAGGCAUAAGACUGAUCUGAAAAUGAACAUUAACUGAAAUAAGUGAACUUCCCCAUUUGGAAGGUUAACCUCUAGUGAAAAGUCUGUAUCAUACAGUGUUUUUAUAAACAUUUUUAUUAAGUUUAUACAGUGAUCUGGCACAAGUUAUGGCUAGCAUUCUUGCCAAGGACAAUGGCUUGGACUUUGAUAAAAUACAUAACUUACAUUUAAGGGGAAUGGAUAUUUCUAAAGUGCCUAAGUAAAAACUUCUCUUAAAAUAGAUUUCCUCUUAAUGUCUGGAAUCCCUGACCCUGAAUAGCCAGGAAUCCCAAGAGCAUGUUUUCCCUUUAUCCUUACUUUGUAAGAGACUGCCUUUUCAAGCACCAGUUCUUUCCUUUGGCAUCUUUCCAGGUUGAAUGAACCCAGAAUUGCUUUUAGGAUAUUGACAGGUGCUUAUUUGAAUUAAGCUGCAUUUGGUUUGAUAGCUUUCUGCUUCCAAACUGACACAGCCCUACUUCCCAGGCCUACGGGUGAGACAAGGAUUCUCAAGGGUUCUGAAACAGGUAAUGUCAGCUCCAGACACAGCAGUAAAGCUGGCAAGGUACUACAACUUCUUUCAUCCCUACUCACGUUAAUUGUUCUUGAUGCAGAACAAAAACAAAGACCAAAAAAAAAAAAAAAAAAAAAAAAAAAAAAAGGCUGGUGUAUGCAGCUGAAUGGUAACUUCUGCUCAGUGGUGCAGAGAUUGGCACAUCUCCGCAGCUCAUUAAGAACUUGAACAUCUCCAAAAAACAAACCCAAAACCCUAAAACUUGAACAUACUCAUGAGAAUUGGUGUUUGACUAUAAAACUGAUAUAAAGGCAGUUUCAAUGUUUCUUUUUAGUCAGUUUCAACUGACUAAUGUAGGAAGCUUCAAUAUUGCUCAUUUUGUUGUAUGGAUUAAUGACUGUAUGACUGUAAUCAAAGGCAGAUGAGGGAAAACAGAACGGUUAGUAUUUUUCAUGUAAAGGCUUUGGUGGGGAAAAAAAUCAAGAUAUGGUAAGUUGUUCUCUUCGUUGUCCAUUCUGUUCAGUCUCCCAUGGCUGGGUAAGUAUUCCAGGCCUCACAUAUCUUAGUUCGUUCUUUCCAUCAUGGUGCUAAUGAAGGACUGACCUUUCCCCUGGCUAGGGUCACCAUUUUACACAAUUGUAGGACGUAUCCAAAGAGCCCAGAUGGGAUCACAAUCAUCAUGGAGCCCAGCUAUAUUUAAUGUUUGGUUUUGAGACAGAGUUUCUCUGUGUAGUCUUCUGUUCUAGACCUUGUUCUAUAGAAGACCAGGCUGGUCUAGGGGUACGCUACCAUGCCUGGCUUAAUUUUUUUUUUUUAAAUAUAAAAAUUUUCAGUAAACAAUUGCCAGGAAAAGGGCACUUGCUAUAUUUGAUAAUACAUUUUUUCUUCUGUGGUUAAUGGGGAUUGAUCCCAGGGUCUUGACAUGCUAGGAACACACUAGGCUAACUCAACUAUAUUCCUAAAUCAUUAGAGCAGUUGCCCAAACUGGUCUCUAAUUUGUAGUAUUCCUGUGUCUCUGAAACAGCUGAGAUUAUAGCUGUCACUGAAGCUUUGAUAAUAUACCUCCAUGUGACAGUCUUACUAUGCAGUCUUGGAUGGCCUGUAACUUGAUAUAUAGACCAGCCAGGCUUUCAACUCAGAGAUCUGCCUGAGUUUAAUCUCUGCUGGGAUUAAAGGUGAACACUACCAUACUUGGCCCUAAACUUGUUUCUUGAUGCUUUUAGAGCAGAGGUUCUCAACCUGUGGGUUGUGACCCCUUUGAGGGUCAAAUGGCUCUUUCAUGAGGGUUGUCCAAGACCAUCGAAAACCAGAAAUAUUUUCAUUAUGAUUCAUAACAGUAACAAACCUACAGUUAUGAAGUAGCAAUAAAAAUAAUGCCAGUAACAUGGUAAUGCCCACUGGCAAGCACAAUUCCUUGGAAAUGGGUUACCUGAGGUUAGACCAUUAGAUUUAAAAAGCUAAUAAAUAGACUACUAUGUUGAACAAAGGGACAAACUUUCAUAAGUGGCAAAGUAUCUCCCCAACAUUAAUUUCCAAUCCUUUUGAGACACAGGUCUGCAAUGGUUGCCCAAGCUGAUCAAUGAUUCUAGGCUCAAGGACUCUUUCCACCUCAGCUUUCCAAGUACUAGAGUCAUAAGCACAUGCUACCGUACCCAACUCUAGAGCCCUUACUAUUUAGUCUAGGCCUAGAUUGACUAGGUUUUUAAGUUUGCCUACAGAUAAUAAAUAGUACAAGUAUCCUAAGACCAGCAUGCCAAACUAAAUGAUUUCUACAUUUGACUACUGUAGCUGUAACUUCAUGUGUUACUUGUGAAACUUGUUUUGCACGUCAACCUUUAAAGUUAACUAGUCUGUGAAGGUAAAAAUAGGAACAUUAAAAAAAGUUUGUGUUAAAUCAGAUCCUGGUAUAUAUAAAAAGAUCUAGGUAGCACCUAGCAGAUAAAGAGGAAAAUGUCCCCUUCGGUUGGGUGAUGCUGUUCAAAGAAACUACAUCAAAGCAGCAGCACUUUACAAAAACCCUUAGCAUUAUGAAUUUAAGGUAAGUAGUUUAGUAUGUACCAAAGGGAAUAGGUGUGAUGACUUCUCUCAUACAAGUUGUCAUUGGUCUCAAACAGGUUAACAGCCACGUAAUUCUUUAAUUGAAUUUCAAGAUUGUUCUCUACUCAGGACCAAAUUCACUAUGGUUAAAUUUCCAACUGCUUUACUAUACUUUUUUUUU